AUGGCCGCUUGGACGUAUUAUACGACUAAAACAAAAAGUGUCCUUAUACUGCAAAUCUACAAAAACUUGAUACAACGGCAGUAUUUGCGUACGUGGACAAGAGAGGAAAUAGCUAGUAUACCAUUAAACUGUAGCCGUAGUGAAGUGUUUCGGGCACUGAACAAGACACGAGGCUUAUACCUCCGUUGGCAAGAGCUAUCAACCUCACCAAUUCUACCGAAUACUGCUGAAGUUGAAUGGACAUCAAUCGAAUUAAGGAACGCACUUCGUAGUAUUGAGUGGGACUUGGAAGACUUAGAGGACACAAUUGGCAUAGCAGAAAAGAAUUCUUCAAAAUUCAAAAUUGACCACAAAGAAAUUUGUGAUAGAAGAAGUUUCAUUCAGGCUACAAAGCAAGAAGUCCAGGUUAUGAAAGUUAAAAUGAGCAUGGAUAGAAACCUGGACAGUGACGGUACACAGCGCGAGCCCCUACUCAAUGAUGGCAGUCCAGUGCCAUUUAGAAGUAUGCAGUGGUCCUCUACCCCAAAGAUCUCUAGAUAUUCCAAGCUGGCAUCACAAACUGACAGUCCCAGUAAAUUCGAAGACUUCGAAAAUGUACCUACAACACAGGAUCAUUUGAUAAGCAUUCAGGAUGAAGAGCUGUCGAUGAUCAAUGACUCGGUAUCAUCAUUAAAGUCAAUCUCUACUCACAUAGGAAACGAAUUGGAUGAGCAUGCAGUAAUGCUGGAAGACCUCAGUUCAGAGAUGGACAUCACCGACUCCCAAAUGUACACGACGAUCCUGCACGUGUCCAAAGCCCUUCAUUUAGACACUGAUCGUGGACAGUGGGCAUUUAUUGUAUUCCUCAUGAUGCUUUUACUUAUAGGAAUAAUUGUAGCUAUUGUUUUAUAA